UGGAUGAAAUACAGUAGAGUAGGCUAGGUGGUGGUUACUCCUCCAUCUUGUUUAUACACUGAAGAAUAGAAUCUUGUCUUCUUCGCCACUGUUCUUCUUCUCUCUAUAAGCUUAGCUCAACCACCAACCAACAAUAACAACACCUAUAGCCUCUGCAAAAAAAAAAAAAAAAAUCCCAAACAAACAAACAAAAUUUUCUUAGAGAAUGAGAGAAACGCAGAGUGAAGGUGAGAGCAACAAUAACAGCAGCAACAACGGUUCCUGGACGCAACAGCCACCGCAAGCUUUGCUAGAGAGGCUCAAAGAUUAUGGCCAAGAAGACGCUUUUGCCCUCUGGGAUGAACUCUCUGCCGACGAACGAAGCUUUCUCGUCAAGGACAUCGAGAGUUUGGAUCUUCCACGGAUCGAUCGGAUCAUUCGAUGUUCGCUUCAAUCUCACAGUUUGCCGGCGGCGGCAAUUGAGCCGGUGCCGGAGAGCAGUGUGUCGACGGUGGAGGAGCGAACACUUGAAGAGAGAGAGCGGUGGUGGAAAAUGGGUUUGAAGGCUAUCUCAGAUGGAAAAUUGGCUGUGUUGCUUUUGUCUGGUGGCCAGGGAACUCGGCUCGGAAGUUCAGAUCCAAAAGGGUGUUUCAAUAUUGGGCUUCCAUCUGGCAAGUCACUUUUCCAACUUCAAGCUGAGCGAAUUUUAUGUGUUCAAAGAUUAGCUGCUCAAUCUACAAAUGAGGGCUCUGCUGGCUCAGUGCAAAUACAUUGGUAUAUAAUGACUAGUCCAUUUACUGAUGAUGCCACCCGCAGAUUUUUUGAAAGUCAUAGAUUCUUUGGUCUGGAACCUGAUCAAGUCACCUUCUUUCAGCAAGGCACCAUACCUUGUGUUUCAAAAGAUGGUAGAUUGAUUAUGGAGACUUCAUACAGAGUAGCUAAGGCUCCAGAUGGGAAUGGAGGAGUAUAUUCAGCUCUAAAGUCUUCAAGGUUAUUAGAAGAUAUGGCCACGAGAGGGAUUAAAUAUGUGGAUUGCUAUGGUGUUGACAAUGCACUGGUCCGUGUAGCUGAUCCAACUUUCUUGGGAUAUUUCAUUGAUAAAGGUGUAGCUUCUGCUGCAAAAGUUGUCCGUAAGGCAUAUCCCCAAGAAAAGGUUGGUGUGUUUGUAAGGCGAGGUAAAGGUGGACCUCUUACUGUAGUUGAAUACAGUGAGUUGGACUCAUCACUGGCUUCUGCAAUCAAUCAACAGACUGGCCGUCUUCGUUUUUGUUGGAGUAAUGUGUGCCUACACAUGUUUAGCUUGGAUUUUCUUAACCAAGUGGCAAAUGGCCUAGAGAAAGACAGCAUUUACCAUCUUGCUGAGAAGAAAAUUCCUUCUAUCCAUGGGCAUACAAUGGGAUUAAAACUAGAGCAGUUUAUUUUUGAUGCAUUUCCAUAUGCUCCUUCUACUGCACUUUUUGAGGUAUUACGUGAAGAAGAGUUUGCCCCUGUAAAAAAUGCCAACGGCUCAAAUUAUGACACCCCGGACAGUGCUAGGCUUCUUGUUCUCCGACUCCACUCUCGUUGGGUAGUUGCUGCUGGUGGCUUCUUAACACAUUCAGUGCCCUUAUAUGCAACUGGUGUGGAGGUGUCACCACUAUGCUCUUUCGCUGGAGAAAACCUAGAAGCUAUAUGCCGUGGAAGAACAUUCCAUGCGCCUUGUGAGAUUACAUUUUAGUUGAGUUCAAUCUAUAUAUUCUCAAAUUAUGCGGCUCUACUUCAACUGAUGUUCGAAUGAGUGAGGUUCAUCUAUCUCAUGCAUGUAUCAAAUAGAGUGGGUGAAUGCUGGUAUAUGGAUUAAAAUUUUUAGGAUACUUUGGGCUUGUCAAGAUUGAUUUGAGCAUAUGAAUAUAUUUUGUGCAUUUUAUUUUUGA